AUGACAGACUCCACCGAAGCGGAGAGCCUCUAUCUCAACUUCAGAGGGAAACCGAUGCUCCUGUCCGACGAAGUCAAGUACCACACCAGCCUCUGCGCUCUCGAAGAUUUCAUCGACCUGCUGCUCUCUCCAUCUCUGAAUGGCGCUGAGGUGGCAUCCAUCCUCGAUCUCCUCUCCCUAUCCGGGAAGUAUUCGACGGAAAGGGAACGUUGGGAAGCUGGACUACCCGAGGCCAAGGGGGAAUCAGAGCAAAGCUAUGCUGCACCUUUUGUGGACAUUUCCAACUCCAUCCUAAAGGCAGUUGUGGAUGUCAAAGGUGCCAGCUCACUCGCUCUACCGUCGACCUGGCAGCAAGGGCACGCGGGAAGGACAUUUCAAAAUGACCUUGACAGACUUGCCACACCAGACUUGGUGAAUGUGACGGUGAAUCAGCCUGACGCCGACCUACAGGAACGCAAGGGGCCUUUCAAGGAAGAAGAGACGGUUGACGAGGGUAUGGAACGGCCAGCAAAGCGGCGGAGACUAGAUGACACCGUCAAUUCUCAGGGUGGUACAUCGCUAGACACCGCACGACUUGAACGCACAAUUUGGCCCAGAACCCUCGUCGUGGGCGUAGUCCACUCCGACAAUGAAGGCGCGGGCAUCUGGCAGGGUGUCGUACGGCUAGCAACGGGCCUUCGGAACAUCCUAUGGAACCAACAAGAUCGUCGAUUCGCAUUCGGGCUUCUGUUCUUCCAUCGCUCCCUUUCGCUGUGGUACUGCGACCGUUCCGGUGCCCUGGGCGCAGACAAGUUACUCGACAUCGACAAGCAUCCGGACAUGUUCGUACGGGUCAUGGCCACCCUCGCUACAAUGUCACCUCAGCAACUGGGAUUCGAUCCAACAAUGAAGAUCGUGGUGCCGAACUACCCACCCUCGUUCAGCUAUUCCUUGCCGCUUGACAAGAUUCCGACGCAACGAAAGUGGUUGCAUUGGCGAAUCGAAAUCGCGGGAGCCACGUACCAAACUGUGGAACUAGUCAGCGUGGAUCGAACCGAAGUAAUGUGCGGUGGAGGCAUCCAUGUAUGGCGGGCGUAUCGCCUGGAUGAACGAGGUUCUUUCAGCGAAAACGACAAGCUGGUGCUCAUCAAGCAGCAUUGGCGACCCUUUUCGGAUCGAAAUUGGCGUAACGAACUGGACGUCUACCACCUCCUAGGCAAUUUCGAUGGCCAGAAACCAGUUCCGUGCGUUGGCGAAGACGUACACCAGGCCAACACCCUACGAGAUUUCCGGAAAAGCAUCACAACGACAAGCCUCACCGGUUACCUUGACAUCGACAAGCGUAGUCUGCCGGAGUCCAGCGCUCAGUUUCUCCUUCGUUUGACCUAUGCCAACGACAAGAACCGUCCAGAACAAACUCGAGACUUCCUGGAGCGAGUUCUGACCAGACUGGUCAUUCCCAUCAACGGGAUUUUGCUAGAGAAGGCAACAGGACUAAGAGAAUUGGUAUCGGUACUUCUGGACGUCGUGAAAGAUUACGAGUGGAUGUACUACAGCAAGGGCGUCUGUCAUGGCGGUAUCACUGUUGGAAGCAUCUUCAUCGACCAUGAGACGCGGCGAGGGCAUCUAGCUGACUAUCAUCAUGCGAGGGAUCAUGGCCCCAACUACAAACCGAGGAAGGUGUCGUCGCUGCAGGAAGAGCUGCGCGACCAUUUGGCUGAGUUCCGCAAAUACGGCCCUCAGUCGGAGGUUUCAGACAAUCUUGCUUUUCUGCUCCUUCAUCUUACCCGGUCCAAAAAAACUGUUCGAAGCAAUGCAUCGACUGCGAACAGCCGUCUCUGGGACUACCUCGACGCUAGUGGCACAUCGCCGAACGGGCCUCUCGAAAUAUCAGAUAUGCUUCCAGGGCUGGGGGACGAUCCUGUCCUCCCUCCAGAUUUUUCCGAACGCACAGCAAUACAUGCCGUGGCGACUCAGGGCACUGUCGCGUUCAUGAGCCACCAAUUGCUUGGUCGCAGACGAGAGACACAUGAUGCUAUACACGACAUGGAGUCAUUCUUUUGGGUCCUUUUCUUCCUCUGCCUCACCCGUGAAGGGCCCGGCGGAAGGCAGCGACCUGAGCCAGAGGAUGACGUCGAGGGCGACGAGCUCUACGAAGCUUCCCUUCUACGCUAUCAUCUCUUCGAGGGCAGCAAGGACGAGAUCGAGGAAUUGAAAGGGGAUAUGUUCUCUAUGACUAUUCGCGACAAGAUGCUGCGAGUGCUGGAGGACCAUGUGUUCCCCUGGUUCCACCCCUCAUUCAAGCCCCUCCAUGAACUGCUUUCCGAGUGGUGGAAAAUUCUCUGCAGCGGCUUCGACCGGUACGGAAAUAUCUUAUGUCGCCACUACCCAGUUACCGCGUUUCGUCACGCUUUGGAGAAAGCUCUUGAGAAACUCCCAGCGGAGCCAGGCCCAAAUGACGUACUCGUGCAGCAGCAGCUGGACAUGGCAAGCGUGCGCAGGGAUGCCAUUGCCCUCGCUCAAAGUGUUUGA